AUGCGGAUUGGGGAAGGGGGACUCUUCCUGACAUCGGGCUCCAAGUGUGAAGAGUACAAAGACAUCAUAGACUCUGUGCUGAGGGAUGAACUGCAGUUCGUGGAGAAGCUGGCAGAGAAGCUCAGACAAGCUGAGGAGCUUGGAACUGAUCACUCAUCCCUUUCCAUUAUUAAAUGUUCUCUACUAUCUCACCUUAGGCAAUAUAAAGCCCUGGUUCACUCUCAGGCACGAGAGCUGACCCAGUUACGGGAGAAGUUACAGGAAGGGAGAGAUGCCUCCCGCUCACUGAAUCAGCAUUUCAAGGCCCUCCUCACUCCUGAUGACCUUGACAAGUCCCACGGUCAGGAUCUCCGAGAGCAGCUGGCUGAGGGGCGCUGGCUGGCAGAGCGCCUUCUCCAGAAGCUGAGCCCAGAGAAUGAUGAAGAUGAGGAUGAAGAUGAGAAAGAUGAGGAGGUUGAGAAAGUACAGAAAUCAUCUGCCCCCAGGGAGGUGCAGAUGGCUGAAGGAAAGGAAGUCCCUCAGGACUCACUGGAGGAAUGUGCUGUCACUUGUUCAAAUAGUCACGACCCAUCUGACUCCAACCAGCCUCACAGGAGCACCAAAAUCACAUCUGAGGAAGACAAAGUCGACUCUGCUCUGGUUGUAGAGAAUGAACCCUCUCAUGAUGAAGAGAAGGAAGCUCUAAACAUUCUCCCAGAAAAUCAGAAUGAUCAUGAGGAAGACGAGGGGAAAGCACCAGUGCUCCCCAGACACCAUGAUAUAUCCAACUCUUACCUGCAUCAUGAAGUCACUUUCUCGGCACUGGAUGAAGAGAAAGUUUGCUCUGCUCAGGAUGUUGCCAGGGAUUACUUCAAUUCCAAACAGGAUGAAACGCCACUUAGCUUCUUAGAAAAGCAAAAUAAUCUUGAAGAGGUGAAAGGAAAAGAAACAGUUGAUCCCAGGCUCAGCAGGGGACCGCUGAGGGGGGACAAGUGUGAAGUCCCCCAGGAGUCACUGGAUGGAUGUUGCUUGACUCCUUCCAUCCUUUCUGACCUACCUCACUCCUACCACCCUUAUUGGAGCACUUUGUACUAUUUUGAAGAAAAGCAAGUCAGCUUGGCUCUUGUAGACAAAACUGAAAAGGAUCAAGAGGAGCUAGAAGAUCAAGACCCGCCGUGCCCCAGGCUCAGCCAGGAGCUGCCAGAGGUAAAGGAGGAGGAAAUUCCAGAGGACUCCAUGGAUGAAGUUUACUUGACUCCUUUAGUUGACCGUGACCUAUCUGACUGCCACCAGCCUUAUAGCAGCACCUUGUCCUCAUUGGAGGAUCAACUCGCCUGCACUUCUCUGGGUAUAGCCUCUCCCACCAAGGUGGCCUGUCCCCAAGGAACUUGGAGUGGAGACCUGAGCCACCACCUGUCAGAGGUGCAGGCUUCACAGGCACAGCUGGAACCAAGCACCCUAGUGCCCAAAUGUCUGCGACUACAGGUGGAUCAAGGGUUCCACUGUGGGAAUUGCUUGGCCAGGUGGGGCCUUUCCUCCACCACCUACAGCUUCUCAGCCAAUGCUGAUUCUGGGAACCACCGGCCCUUCCAAGCCAAGACUCACCCCACUGGCUCAGACACACUCCCUGUUGCUCACUUUCCCUGGAGUCCAGAGCCUGAACCAGGUCCCAGGUAAGAGGAUAGAGUGAAUGCCUUUUGUUUCAUUAAUAUUUUCCUUCACCUGGUGAUUUCUCCCCGCUGUCUACCAAGUCAUUUGUUUCUCCCACACCUUUUCUUUCUCAUUCUUCUCAUGUUGCUAUUUUUUUCCCCAUUUCAAUGGACCUGAAUAGUGACGAUACUGUUACAUUCAAUCUCUCCCAAAUCCCUAUAUAAUAUUUUUUCUCUAAAUUAACAUGUACAGAUAUAUGCAUUUAUAUCAUUUGUCCUAUUAUGUGUGAUUAUGUAUAUCUGGUGUGUAUGCUAUAUAGGGUGUAUAUAUAUGUAGCAGAUCGUAUAAUGAUGCAACUUUUAUAAAUUCUCUAGGUUUAGUCUUCCUGGUUCUUUUCUCUCAUCACCUGCUGUCACCUCUGUCUGAUCUCACCUCGGUGCCACAUGGGCUGCCACCCUGCCAGGCCCUUCCAUUCCCAUCUCCUGUUUCAACACAGCUCUGAUUUAACUUUGAUUUUUAUAAUCUCAGCUCUCCCCAAAGCAUAGCCUACAUAGAGUUUUAUA